UGAUCUCGGUGCCAGGGAUGCUGCGUGUACUGCUGCGGCCUGGAGUGUUGUUGCUCGUGUGUUCUUCAGGCGAGGGAAAAGAGAGAGUGGAAGAGAGUAGCAAAUAGACAUAUACCAAGGGGCGUGAGUAGGGACAGCCCGGCCAGGGAGCAGAGGUUGUAGGGAGACAGGUUGUACCGCCACUGCAAGGUUGAGAAUCGGCGUCUGCGCAUGGGGAGGCGGGUGGGCCCGGGAGCGGCAGCAGCGAGCAGGGCAGGGAGCGAGCGUCUGCCAGCCUCCCUCCUCAGUAUCGUCACGAAAAUACACACACAGCCACACGCCGUCCCACCAGCAGGCCCACACGCGCUUAAUCGAGCCUCUCUCUCCCCUCUCCUCGACUUGUUAUUGAACCUGUGGCCACCUGUUCGUGUUCCGUGGCUCGUGGAGUGAUCGCAAAGCCAGGGGGAGGAGGCAAGUGAGGGUGUUGGGGCCUGCGGAGGGAUGCGAGAUGCUGGGGCAAGAUGACGAGGGCCGAGGCUGUGUGCUGUGUCAGUGGAAGACAUGACAACCACUUGGAGGAGCGUGUCUGUACCCUCCCACCUGCCGGAGAGCUAGUUCGUGCCCGGGGGGCUCCCCUCCUGCCCAGGGACGAGUGCUGAAAAACGACUUGCCCCCCCUGCCCCCCACCAGUGAUAUAGGCUAUACUGAGGUGGUGCAGAUUUUUCCGUGAACACUGUGGGUGGCGUGAAGUGACUGCGUGGCGGCCGCGGGCGUGGGGCGGGAUGUAGAGUGUGCCGGCGGGGACAAUAAAGCUACACUGCUGCCGCCCUCUCAUAGAUGUGGCCCGACGUGCCCCCAGCCAUGAGCGCUGCGACGGUGGCGGCGGCUGGCGGCUGUAGCGAGUGUUGUAGUUGUAGAUGUGAUAACCCAGACAGAACCUUGAGGGCCGGCGCCCCCGAGGUGCCGACCGGCCAUGGGGGGAGGCCUCGUCCCGCCCCCCGCAGCAGGUCCCCCACCCCGCCUCGGGCAGCGGCCCCGCUGCUGCUGCUGCUACUGCAGCUGCUGCUCAUGACUAACCUGAGUGUGAGCAUGACCAACCCCGAGUCCUUGCCCUCAGGCCUCCAGUGCGACUUCGAGGACGAGAGCAGCUGCGGCUGGCAGUGGAAAUCUGACAUCCCCGGGGAGGUGACCUUCGUCCGCACCACGGGCCGCAGGCUGACGGAGAUCAGCAUGGAGAGGCCAGCGGGCGAAAUAACAGGCGUUAUCAUGGACGCGGAGCGCAACCCCGAAGGUCACUUCCUCUAUCUGGGCGUCCCCAAGAACACAGAACUCACCAACUACACUCGCCACAUCAUGUCUCCGUGGUUGGAAGAGAGUCCGCUGGAUCGGUGCAAGUUCGAGGCGGACUACCACAUGCCAGCGGACGAGAGCAACACGCAAAUCAAGAUGCUCAUUCAAAACAGCAACGUCACCAGCUACCUCAUCAUCGACAGCCACAAGAUCAGACCCGCCAAUAACGACUGGAGUAAGAUGUCCACCCUCAUCUCGAAGCCUUCCAUUCCCUUCAAGCUGUACAUCGAGGUCAUGCUCAGUAACAAGUCACCAACCCACUUCGCCAUCGACAACAUCCGACUCGUUGACUGUUUCGAAUCGAAUCCCCCCGGCCCAUGCAAGGGGAUGAAGUGCCACAACGGGGACUGCAUCGGGGUGGACGCCUACUGCGACAUCACGAGAGACUGUCCAGAGGGAGAGGACGAACAGGGCUGCAAGUCCCAGCCGCUCGGGUCCCGGUGUGACUUCGAGCUGGGCUGGUGUGGCUGGAAGAACAUUGAGGAUGACCACAUGGACUUCACGAGGCAAAAGGGCCCGACCUUCAACGACCACACGGGGCCUACCGCCGACCACACCUACAAGAACGAGUCCGGGUUCUACAUGCUGAGUGUGUUGCCGAACCGGGGAGAGCUGGGGGAACACGGCAUUCUGGAGUCCCCCAUCUUCCCACGGCCUCCAUGCUACCAUAGUAACCCCGCCUCGGAAUACAAGGACACAUGCAAGCUGAGACUCUACUACCACAAGCUCGGCACGAAUCAGGGCUCCAUGAUCGUGAAGGCUGUGGAAUAUGACAGCAGCAGGGAGAGGGUGGUCAAGGAGCAUGUUUUGACACACAUCCACGGCCCGAAGGGAGAGCACUGGAACCGCCUUACCACCAGCCUUCCCAGGGACAUAUAUAAUAGCUACAGCAUCCGAGUGAGCAACGUGCGAGGGCCGAGGUUCAGGGGUGACCUUGGUAUUGACGACAUCACCCUUUCCCCGGAGUGCUUCGAAGGCAGUGUAGACCCACUGGAGAUCAGCAAGUGUCCCGCGGUGACCCUAAUCACCCCAACCCCGAAGGAACCUCCCACCACGUACAUUCCUCCAACAGGUGUAGUGAUGGUGACGACCUGCGGGAAGACAGGCAAAGCGGGACCUUCCCAAGAGGACUGCAAGAAGGAGUAUGACCAGGGACCGCGCAACGCCCCUCGUGUGCCCUCUUCCAACUCCCUCCCGGGCACCCAGAUUUGGAAGGUCCCCCGCAACGGCUACUACACGAUCGUGGCUAAGGGAGCAAGCGGCGGCACGGGGGUCCAGACUCAAAACCUUGUGACCUACGGAGCUGUGGCGCGUGGGACCUUCUUCCUGACGGAGGGCACGGAGCUGUACAUCCUUGUGGGGCAGGAGGGACGCUCUGCCUGCAAGGAUGUGGCUGAACAGAACCGUGACCAGCGCCAAUCCUGUGACUCUCGCAAGGAGCUGCCAGAGAAGGGCCACAACGCGCGUCUCACCUACAUGGACAUGGUGAAGCAUAGACUGCACUCCUCCUUCACGGGUGGGGGCGGCGGCGGUGGCGGGGCGUCCUACGUGUUCAUGAUGGAAAACGAGCAACCCAAGGCCCUGGUGGUGGCGGGAGGCGGGGCGGGGCUGGCGUGGUCCCCGAGCGAGGUCACCGCCAGGCAGCACGGACGGGGCAUGAACUCCUCGCUGCCGGAGAGUCACGGACACGUCUUCUACAACGCUACAUCCAUGAACUUCAAUGCUGGUGCGGGCGGCGGCUGGCAGGGCACGCGUAAGAUGGACCACGAAGGGCAGUCACUGGUGAACGGCGGUCUCGGGGGGUCGCCCUGCCAGGACCUCGACCAGAAGUGGGUCACGGAAGGCGGCUUUGGCGGCGGCGGAGGCGGCUGUCUGGCUGGUGGCGGCGGCGGCGGGUACACAGGAGGGAACGCGUACUACGGCCAGAGCCAACACGGGGAGGGCGGCUACAGCUACACCUCUGGGCAGUACGAUGACGUUCGGCCGGCAGCGCACACGGGACCCGGCAUCGUCUUCAUCAUCCCCGCCCAGAUGGGCGGUUGCCGGUGUGACUACAUCUGCGUGUCGCUGGACGAGCACAUCAGGGAGACACAGUGCAUAUGUAAGGAAGGCUGGAAGCUUGACCUCAACGGACGCUCCUGCAUCCCCGGUCGAGGGGUUAAGGUGGAACAGACCAUCUACAUCGCUGCCAUCAUCCUCGUCAUCAUCGUCGUGGCCUCCGUCUCCGCUACGUCCAUCUUCUGUUACAAUCGGUACCAGCGCAAGAAAUUCGACCUGGCCCAGCGGCGGAAGAGAUUCGAGCGUGGCCCUGACGUCCAGCUGAACACACUUCGAGUCCCGGGCGGCAUGGUGACGGAAUACAACCCCAAUUACGAGUUCGGAGGCGGCACGUACACGAUCAAGGACCUCAAGGACAUCCCCCGUAUGAACCUCACCCUCGUCAAGGCGUUGGGCCAGGGCGCCUUCGGGGAGGUCUUCCAAGGCUACCUGAAGAACUACGCCGGGGACUCUGUGGAGAUGCCCGUCGCUGUCAAGACACUGCCGGAGAUGUCGAGCAAUCAGGCUGAGAUGGACUUCCUGAUGGAGGCACUGAUCAUGUCCAAGUUCGCUCACCCCAACAUCGUCCACUUCAUCGGCGUGUGUUUCGACAAGCUCCCGCGCUUCAUCGUGCUCGAGCUGCUCUCUGGCGGCGACCUGAAGAGCUUCCUGCGCGAGGCGAGACCCAAGCCGGAUCGCCCUUCGGCCCUAACGAUGCGCGACCUUCUAUCGUGUGCGACGGACGUGGCGAAGGGCUGCGAGUACCUGGAGGGGAACCACUUCAUCCACCGGGACAUCGCGGCGCGGAACUGUCUCCUCACCACGAAGGGUCCUGGAAGGGUGGUCAAGAUCGCGGACUUCGGGAUGGCCAGAGAUAUUUACAGAAAUGACUACUAUAGGAAAGGCGGGAAGGCGAUGCUGCCCGUCAAGUGGAUGCCCCCUGAAGCCUUCCUGGACGGGAUUUUCACUUCCAAGACAGACGUGUGGUCCUUCGGCGUCCUGCUAUGGGAGGUGAUGUCCUUGGGUUAUAUGCCGUACCCGGGGAGGGGGAACCAGGAGGUGAUGCAGCUGGUCACGAACGGGGGGCGCCUCGAACCCCCGACCAACUGCCCCUCACCCGUCUACCGCAUCAUGACCCAGUGUUGGCACCCCAUACCCGACGAGCGGCCCACGUUCACCACCAUCCUGGAACGCCUGGGCUACUGCAUACAGGAUGUGGCGCUGCCUCCUCUACUAACGCCUCUGCCCCUCCCCCUGCAGGACCCUGACGUGGUGAGCCACGCCCUGCCGGUGUUCCAGCGGCCGCCCUCCGCCGAGCGCGACGCCACGGUGAUGCGGCCGCUGGACAACGACGCCUGCCUCACCGUGUCCCGCCGAGCCGACGAGCCGCAGAGCCCGGCCUCCACGGACUACCUGAUUCCCCUGCCCUCCUCCUACUCCCUGUCCACGGUGCGCUCCGAACUCAACUCCACGCCCUCCUUCGACUCGGGGGUGGAAUGCUGCCAGAUGGAGCGGCUGCUGGAGCCCGCCCCGCCGCCUCCUCCUCCCCCCGCCUGGGAGACCACCAGCUUCACCAACGACCCCCCGCCCCCACACAACCCCCACGCCGCCCACAACUCCCACGCCGCCCACAACUCCCACAACCCCCACGCUGCCCACAACUCCCACAACCCUCACGCUGCCCACAACUCCCACACCCACAACCACACCCACCCGCGCGCCAAGCCCGUGCCUCAGCCCACCCGCACGCCCUCCCACACACCCUCCAGGAUGGCAGAGUCACAGUCAACUCAGCCGUUGCUCAAGUCCUCCCCGCCGGGGUCUCCGCGGACCCAGGACGCCCGCGAGAGGUUGAUGCGGCCCGGCGAACCCGCUCCCGUGCCCACUUCCGCCUCGGCCCCCAUGGUGCCCCUGGCAGGUGCGGCGCCCACCAGGGACCGGCCGCGUUCCCACCACCACCACCACACACACUGCUACAACAACAGCGGUAGCAGCAACAACAGCAGCAGCAGCGCCACCAACAGCAGCAGCAGUAACAGCAGCAGCAAUAGCAGCGCCAGCACCCUGCCCCUGGACCCCACCACGCUGCCGUGCAUCCCGCCCCCGCUGCAGUACGUCAACGUGGACGUGCAGACACGCGGCUCAGAGUACGACCAUGAGCCUUACAUCAUCCACGAGACUCGAGAACACCGGGAAAUAUCGUGCUAGAGCACCGCCGCCCCACCCCCGCCGGCGGCCGUCCUUGGUGUGCCAGAGACGGCCGCGGCGCUGCGCUGCAGAAACACUCGGGUUGCUCAAACCUUGCGCCGCGAUCAGUGAAGUGCUGCACACCUCCUCGCCCGCCUUGACGCGCGCCAGACGCCGACGUCAGGGCUGCAGGUGUAACGUCCCGCCGGGCAGGACGCAGGCGGCCACGGGCGAGCCAACCGCCGCCACCAACGAAACGUGACGUGCACGUGUGGGCGCGUCCCGCGGCGCGGUGUGUCGCAGUGCCAAAGCGCGAGACAAACAGUAACAGUAUUAACGUUUUGCUGCUGCGUCGCUGAGGUGGGGAAUGUUUUAUACGAAGUGUGGGCGGCCGGACGCAGCGCCGCGACUUGGAGCAGCGCCGCUCAGCAGGGACGAGGCUGACCCACGUGCUGCACCGGAGGCGAGUCCGCCGCCGCCGCGGGAUGCGAUGGUGGCGACGCGGCAGCCCCUCCGACGUGUGAUGUUAGCAGUAAGGCAGCUCAAGGGUCGUGGAGGCGGUACUCUGGGCGCGUAGACAAACUAUAUCUUAUUCUGCUUGUCAGGGCGGCGUCUGUGUGCCUCCCGCUGCGGCGCCUCCCCUGCCACCACCCUGCCGCUGACCCCCCCCCCCCCCCUUGCCACCUAAUACAGCCACCACCACCACCCUCAACCCAUCCUGUCCCUGCCAUCGUCUUAAAGCCACCCUGCUACCGACCCCGCCACCGUGCCACCCUGCCACCAGCCCGCACGGUAAGGAACACGCAAGAUAUUCGCGUCACACUCCUUUGAAAAUAAUAAUAAUAAUAAUAAUAAUAAUAAUAAUAAUAAUAAUAAUAAUAAUAGUAAUGAUAAUCACCAUCUGAUUGCUAUGGAAAAUGGUUGUAGAUGAACUCUUCCCUAGGCGACCACGACUCUCCUUUGGUCGUCGCGUGGUGGUAGUGGUGGUCGUGGUGGUGGUCGCGGGGAGGGGUCGCACGGAGCACCAGCAGACCACUGUACCCCUGCGCGCGUACACACACACACACACACACACACGUUGACAACACAACAAAAACAAUAGCCCUGCCUAUCCACACACACACACACACACACACACACACACACACACACACACACACACACACACACACACGUGGACAACACAACAAAAACAGUAGCCCUACCUAUCCACACACACACACACACACACACACACACACACACACACACACACACACACACCUCCUAGUAAAGAGAGAGAGCAGACUAAAACAAAGCCAUGCAGGGUAUAUUAAGUACUAUCGAAGUGCUUGACCAUUCAGUGCUGUUAUGUGUUCUCUUGUCUAUACUGUAGCUCGCGUAACCUUCACACCCUCUCGACAAAAUACCACAGCACUAUUUGCAAAAAAACUAUAAAUAUAUAUAUACAUAAAAGUUAUAAAAAUACUCUUCCCCCCCACCCACCCCACUCCCCCCCACCCCCACAACUCUUUAUAUAGUUACCAGAUAAGUGAUUAACGAGCAUACACGGAAGGGUGCGAACAAAAUACUUAGGAAAAUUAAGGCUAAAAGUAAAGAUAAGGCUACAAAAAAUAAACGAAUGAAUACUAAAAAAUAUAUAUAUAGUUUUGUACUACUUCUCCGAGUAAGGACGACUGUCAGAGUAAGUGAUUAAGUGAAUAAAUACAUAAGUUCGGGCGUAAAGUGGCACUCGGAGCGGGUCCUGCUUCACGAAUCUAACGAAACGAGUAACUUGGCUUCACUUACAGAGCUGAGGAUCAUUUAAAAAAAACUAAAUCUACGGACACGAACGGACAGACGAACGGACGGACGGACGAGUGGGCGAUCGCGCACGUUCCUUACACCCAAGACUCGAAGACGAAGCGAGACUCAGAGGCGGUUUAUUUUCACUUCCAAACAUCGAGGCGUCGGUCUGAUUCCACCGCGGGGGACGAGAGACAGGACGAGACGAGACCCGCUGAAGGAAUGCAGGGCGUGAGGCGCUGCGCUCAUGUCUGCCUUCACCGUCUCAAUAGACCGACGCUCGACAAACUGAAGACAAUAAUAAGAGCUUUAGAGGAGCCUAGAGGUCAGUGCUGCCUUGCGUGGGGGUGUGGGUGGCGUGCCCUAGCGAGGAAAAGACGAACUAACGGGCUGGGAAAGUUACGGGUGCCUCGACUUCCGUGGGUUACGUUUCGGAGGCGUUUUGGGUAAGGAAGUCUUUGUGAAGGGGAGGUAGGGAGAGGGUGAUCGGUGGACAGGUAAAGCGGUAGACGAAAAGUUGCAAAGAGAAGGGGAAGAAAUGGGAAGGGAAACUAAUGAAUGGGAAGAGGAGGAGGUGAAAAGUAAAGGCGAAGGAGAAGGGAAAAGAAAAAGGGAAGAGAAAAAGGAGAAAAGGAAAGGGGAAGGAAGGAGUUAGAGCAAGGGAAAGGGAAAAAAUUAGGGAAAACAGAAGAAGGGAAAGGGAAGAAAAAAAUGAAGGGAAAACAGAGGUGAAAAGGAAAGGGGAAGAAGGGAAAAGAGAAAGGUGAAAAGGAAAUGGAAAGGAAAGAGUUAGAGCAAGGGUAAGGAAAAGAAUUAGGGAAAACAUAAGGGAAAGGGAAGGAAAAAUAAAGGGAAAACAGACGAAAAGGGAGGGGAAAAAAAAGGAAGAGGAAGGAAAAGGAAAAACAGAAAACGGAACGAGGGGCAAGAUAAAGUAUAGGAUGUAAGCAAGUUUCUGGUCAAAGAGAGAGAGAGAGGAAGUGUGGGACGUGUAGAUAAGAGAGGUCAAAGGUCAAGAGGAAAAGUCAGGUCAGUUCAGGUCAUUAUAUAAAGCUUGAGGGAAGGUCAGGCGUGUUUUGCUGGUCAGAUGCGUGGAUGAAAUGAGUGUUGAUGAGUAGAAAUGAUGCAAUAGCCACAACCACAUGUCACCUCAUCUUUGAACGAGCAUAAAAUCACCUGUCACUUCAUACUACUUCUUCACCUGUCACCUGUCCAUUCCUUCAUUCUAAUGCUACCACACCUGUUACUGAUCAAUCACACCUUUGGUUACUGAAGAAUGCUACCACUACCACCACCACCACCACCACCAUUACUACCACCUCCACCACCACCACCUUUACUACCACCUCCGCCACCACCACCACCACCACCCUCCACACCUCUAGUCAUCCACUCACUACCUCACCCAUCUAAUACUCACCCCUUCACUGCUAUAUACACCCACGCCCACACCUUUACAUACCACUUCACACCACAACCACCACCACCACCUCACACCAUUCACCCACUCACUCCCUCACCCAUCUAACACCGCCCCGUCAUCCACACCCACCCACCAUAGUGAUCAUUCUUUACUUUGCAUUUACCUCACUCCGCCGCCAUUAUCAUUAUAUUUUUAUACUGCACGAAUGGCAGCCGCGAGGCGCCGCGCACUCCCCGUCGCUGCGAGGGUUCGACGUCAGGCGCCGCGGGGCGAAGGUGUCGCGGCGAGGGGCAGAGAGAGAGAGAGAGAGAGAGAGAGAGAGAGUAAAGGACUGGGGUAGGUAGCGGUAGGUGUGGCGGGAGGGAGGGGGAAGCGGAGGGAGGCCACCCUUGGAUGCACAAGACACCGCCUCAACCUGACAAGAAAACGGUCACGUCCUUCUCAUUUUCUAUGAAUGUUUCUCCGCCUUCUUAUAUAUAUAUAUAUAUAUAUAUAUAUAUAUAUAUAUAUAUAUAUAUAUAUAUAUAUAUAUAUAUAUAUAUAUAUAUAUAUAUAUAUAUAUAUAUAUAUAUAUAUAUAUAUAUAUAUAUAUAUAUAUAUAUAUAUAUCCUACCUGAAGCCAAAGCCGGAGUGGCAGCGUCCCUGUUUUCGUAGCGGCGUCUCGUGAUUCUUUCAUUUCCUUUGGGCCGCCGCCUUGACGGGUGUGUCAACACGCGUGGCGGCGGCCCGUCUGUGUCCCGGCGCCCCACAUCCGCCGCAGGUCGCCUCGUUUUUACUCACUUUCCGAACACUGACACAGGCCUCGUGCCCGCCUUUGCUCCGCCUCGCCGUGCCCCCCACCCCCAGUCCUCCCCACACACUAUACUUUGUUCCACCUCAGGUGACACCAAAUAUGAAGAAACUUUAGUAAAAUAUGGAAGCUCAGCGGAGUGCCCGCUCUCAAAUAGGUUUUGCCCAACCCUCGUCAGGUUAGAUGUAACCAAUCACCAGCAACAGAGCGGCUGUGCUCAUCCUACAGCGUGUACAGGGAGCGGCCUCUCGCCUGAUUUGUUGUCACCUGAAGUGGAAUAGACUGGCAAGGUGAGCACGGGGGGCGGGGGGGCCACACACACGCCCCGGUGACUGGCAGUGUGGACGCCGUGUCCUUUCCCUUACAAACCAUGGCUCGCCAUUCCUCCUCCACACCUACGACACAACAGUUACUUCAACAACUGUACUCUCCUCGGAUGAGGACAUCCGUACUUUCAUAUGUUCAUUAUUUUACUUCUGUACACGCUGAAACCUUUCCAUGAUGAAAAAAAAUCCCAAUCUGCUACACACCUACUUCAAUAAAGAAGAAAAAGAUUAGUAUCAAAUAACAUUGCCACUUGGCGUCCACACUGAGGUCACCCCCACGUGAGGCUGCGGCCGCCUGUCCCCUCACUCCCCCGCAGCAGCAGCACGCCGCGCCGCACACCGCCAGGCAACGCUGACCGCCGGCCGGGGGUGGGGGAGCGCCCCGGCGCACCGCUCGGCCGGCCGUGUGUCGAGGCAGAAUGGACUCCCAAAUGCUCAUUCAGGCGUCGACCACUGCUCACUAAAAAAACGAAGGUGUUGAGACAAAUGUAUAAGAGGUAUUUUUCAUAUAGGCUUAUACUGUAUCAUAGGUAUAUUUCUUAUAUAUAUAAAUAAUUGUUUGCUUACGAACGACGGAACCGAUACGCAUCGAAAUGUUAUCUCGUGAUGUCUCGCGCGUGACACAACGGCGGGGAGGGAGGGAAGGGAGGAGGCGAGGCGAAACAGGGUAAUGCCGGGCGUGUAGUGAAGGGCGGCAGAGGCAGGCAGGGCAGGGCAAGGCAGGCCAGGUCUUGGAGGACUAAUUACCACACUGCCUCGUAGAUGUGCCGGCAGGGAAGGGACGGGAGGGCGGGAGAUUAAAACGUAAGCCCAGGAAAUUGUGGAAGAGGGAAAAAAUGUUGAGCACCUCCAAGUCAAUUUAUUUUUCCACAUAAUUCUAGAGAGUGAGAAGCAAUUACCGCGGCGGAGGGUCUUAGUGUCGAGGGAAAUGAGGGGCCACGAGUUUUUUUUAAAUUUACGAUGUUAAGAAGAUUGAUUUUCAGACGCCCGGCGGAGGGAGGGAGGACUGGGUGUGUGGAGCUGCUAAGAGACUCAAGGGCUGUCGAUCUAACCAGUGAGCCUCAGAGGGGAUUCUAAUACUACAUCAGCUUCGGUUCUAACAGGCGUAACUCGGCUGUAUCUCAUAACUAACCGGAACUAUAUUUUUUCCAGCCUUUAUUAGUCAUUCCCUCCAUGCCUAUGUUUCUCAGCAGACAGUGUUUCAAGUGGAGGUAGAAUCAGUCUCUGAGGACUUAUUUUAUCAUUACUUUUUUUUCUCGUGUGCGUCCCAAGCAUCAGGAACUCGUCUCGUGUUCCUCAGGUCUUGCCAAACAACACCUACACAGUUCCUCUUCAACGUCUCAGACUUAUUUCUUUAUAUUCAUGUUUCCAUAAUUAUGAUACAUGCUUCUCUGACUGACUGAGCGAGUGACUUUCCUCGGAAUCGAAGGGAAAAUACUUGGUGUCGAAAGUACGGCGUCACAUACGGCUUGGUGCCCCCGUAGAGUGUUGUGGCCAGCGGGGCGGUGGAGUGGCAAGCGGCUUGGCUCUAAAGACACGAUAAUCAAAUAAUAAUAUACUAGCGGCGCGGUGCCCCUCAUCACGUCAAGCGGCCACCAGCGCCACUUGGACAACCUUCGGAUACACGCGAGUGCAGAGUGAACCUCGUGAACAUGCCAGAGUUGUGUGUGCGAGUUGAGAACAGGUUGGCGCCCUCCCCUCACCCGUGCCGGAGGGAGACUCAGACGAAGCCGGCCGCCGAGACUCAAGAUGUCCCUGACUCAUGAACUUAGGCAAACCAGGAUGACCAACACGAACUGAGUGAGGCGCGACGCGACACGCAGCCACCCGAGAAAGGCCGAGCCGCAGGAGGCAUCGACCACACCCACACGAGCCGCUCUUGUGUACACCCCGAGCGGCACCUCAGUGGACUCGUGCGUGCGGGCGUCAGCAGCAGGCGACGCGCGGUUCGACGAUAAUCGGCGAGCGACGCAGCGCCACGCCGAGCCUUCGCGUCCGCUCUCAGGGCUGCCGACGAGCACGCGGCCUCCCACACCACACGAACCUGCCAGUAUUCCUAAUAAUAAAGUGUAUCAUAAAUGUCCUCACACGUAGGAUGAAGCGAGGUGUAACGAGUACUGUUCGUUGUUGAGUUGUCUUCAUUUACGGCUUGGUUGAUCUGAUCUGCCGACACUGACGGAGUAUGACGCGCGCAGGUCGUGUUGGCGUCGGUGACUGACAGGGGUUGAAACACAUCUCUCUCCACCUGUGCGAGUGAUCCAUAGCCAUGCCUUUAGUGUUUGGGUGUUCCUUAAGUUGUAACUCGAGAGACAACGCAUCAGUCACCUCUGGCUCGGUAUGAUCAGUACUGAGUCGUCUCUUAAGUUCGGUAGAAAAUGCAUCGUUUGUUUUCCUUUCGUGAGUUCUGUCAUUCGUUCCUGUUACCGGAGGGUGUAGGAGGUACCCGGGGGGAGAAGGGGAAGCGUAGGACCCCCGGGGAAGGGCAGGUGAGACGGGUCAGCGAGGUCAGCGUGACGCCCCGGCCCUCGGUGGUCAGGUCAGCACGACGCGUCAGUACAAAGUCGAGAGUGGCAGCGGAUGUGUUCCUCGUCUGAGUUGUGAUUGUUUCUUUAGGGUCUUAGUGCGGACUGAGGCAGCUGGCGGCGAGCGUCACUUGUUUUGCUCUUUGUUUUGUUGGCCUGAGUUCGGUGCGCAGGUUUUCAAGUGGAUAUUUUUGGUUUCACAAAUAAAUAACAAUGUUGAUAUGUGUGUAUUAUAUGUAUAUAUGUAUUAGCCCUUCCUAUCAAAUAAAUGGCAGACGCUUCA